GACACGCUUUGUCGUCGUGUUACUGCAGGUCUCAUUCGGCGAUCACUAUGCCACUCGACGACUAUGAGGUCGAUGCCACGGAGCUCUUAGAAACUUACGAUUUCUUGAUGAAGUAUAUCAUAAUCGGUGAAGCCGGCACGGGUAAAUCGUGUCUUCUCCACCAUUUCAUACACAAUGCUUUCAAGGAUCACUCCCAACACACGAUCGGGGUGGAGUUCUCUAGUCGGACAGUAAAGCUUGGAGAGAAGAGAAUUAAACUUCAGUUAUGGGAUACCGCGGGGCAGGAACGAUUCCGGUCAGUUACGCGCAGUUAUUACCGCGGCGCAGCGGGAGUAAUACUUGUGUAUGACAUCACAAGUCGAGAGUCGUUUCUCAAUCUGUCUCGGUGGUUAGCUGAUGCCAGGGCUCUUGCAAGCCCGCAUUUGGUUGCUGUUCUGGUUGGGAACAAAUCAGAUAGAGAAGAAGAACGCGAGGUUGAAUGGGCGGAGGCUAGUAGAUGGGCUGCUGAGAAUGAUGUUCACUUUCUGGAGGUAUCUUCGUUGUCAGGAGAAAACGUUGAGACACCAUUCCUACUCGCAGCACGAGCCAUCCUAUUAUCCAUAGAGUCUGGAGUGCUCGAUCCGGAGAAAGUAGGGAGUGGCGUUAGCUACGGUGAUCGAGCACUGCGGAGAGUAACCAGUUCUAGCCAUCUCAGUUUUGGAAGUCUGAGUGGGGCCCGCAGAAGACGAUCAAAUCGGCUGAAGAACUGGAUACCAACAGGCAAAUGUUGUUAGGACUAGCGCCAGUCACCACAGACAUCUCCUGGAGCCUCUCAAGUGGUGCGGCAAGGUACAUUUUGUCUAUUGUUCUUUACACAGCAUGUUAUCAGUACCAUUUAUUCUAUCGUUGCAAGCACAUUCUUCUGAUCGGAGUCACCUGCCCAAUUUAGAUAUAUCUGUAGCGACGUCUUUAUGUUUUCUUUCUGUCACCGCCGUUCUUGGAUGUCUGCUAAUAUGUACCAUCUAUUUUCCAUGUGUCUGCUUCAAAUUACCCCCGUUGAUAAUCGUACGCGUUUAUUUAGGCAUGAACAAAGGCUUGCAUGGGUAUAGAUAUGGUUUGACAAGUAUUAUGAAGCUCUCAUGUCGGGCUGGGUGGUUUCGGAGUCCCC